AUGCCUUCGGCCCCGCAGCUCGGCGCCCUCGGGCACACCUUCACCGCCAUGCGCGCGAUGCAGUUCGCCAGCCUGAUCGCCAUCAUCGGCAUGACGAGCAACUUCAUCUCCGAGAUCAACGCCGCCGACGCCUCGAGCCCGAGCGUCCUGAUCGGGACUCUGGUAGUUUCCUGCAUCGCAACCCUCUACAUCGUCAUCUCCUACAUCCUCUACUACGACUCCCUCCUCCCGCUCCUCCUCGCCACGGCCCUCGACUCCACCCUCCUCGUUGCCGUCAUCGUCGUCGCCUGCACCCUCGGCAAGCCCCUCUCCUACCUCAACUGCGCCGCCCUCCCCUCCUCCGGCAGCACCGCCACCUUCAUGACCUCCGUCAUCGCCAACUCGGGUGCCUCCUCCACCCUCAACUACUUCAUCUGGGUCGGCGCCGACCAGCGCACCUGCUACGCCGUCAAGGCCGUCUGGGGCCUCUCCAUCGCGCUGUGCGUGCUCUUCGCCUUCUCCGCCAUCACCGCCGUCUGCCUCUGGCGCCGCCUCAAGGUCGUCUCCGUCCCGAAGGACAUUGAGAACUGA